UAAAAUUUGACUGAGAGGAGAAGAAGAAGAAGAAGAAGAAGAAGAAGAGACGAAGAUGGAUCCGGAGCAGACAUUCAUACGCGUGCAAGAGCGGUUCUCUCAGAUCCUGACCCCCAAAGUGAGAGCUGCUUUGGAGUAUAUCUACCUCUUGAUCGCCAUCACUCUCUUUUGUAUCCUCGUUGUUAUGCACGCCAAUUACGUCCAACAGCCUGGCUGCUCCAGUGAGCUUCCCGGUGUCGAGACGGCCGAUGCACAGAUCAUUCAUGUUAAGAUUUGUAGUGCGGGCCUGUGGUCACAGAAUGAGUCAGAGUUCACCAAUGUGAUAAGUGAUGUCCCCAAUGUGAAGUUUGUGAUGGACAAAUUGGAAUUUUCCAAUGUUGAUGGGGAUGGUUUGACAUCUUUUGCGGCUAAGUUUUGGCUCAAUUGGAUUGGCUCCAGCGCUAGGAGGACUAAAUCGGCGUCCAAGUCUGAUACUGAGAUUCUGGAUCAUCAGGGAGAUGGGUCUAUGCCGAAUGUGGAUGACGUGGUUAUGAAAACUGGGAUGGAGGAGUCGCGUAGUAGUUUCCCUUUAUCUGCAAAAGAGACGAUUAAAGCAGCACUCUUUCAUUUUAGCAAUAAGUGGCACAGGCGUCUGUCAUUCCUAUGGAAGCAUGCAAAAAAAAUAAUUGAAAGUUUGUGGAACAUUGCAGGUAUACAUUUGGAUCUUGAUAUUCCAAAGUGGCUGCAUAUACUUCGAUUGGACAGGCUUAACUCAUAUGCAGUGCAGUGGCUUGAGAACAGAAGCAAAACUUUUGAACCAACUUACUUAUACACUAUGGAAAAGGGUUAUUUCUUACUACCUGAAAGUGCAAGGGCUCAGCACAAUAUUCGCACAGUAAACAUAAGCAUAUCAGCUCGACAUUCCUGUUUUGGAAACAGGUGGCAGCAGCUACUCAUUAACAGAUUUGUUGGGUAUGAUACUAUUUUGAUAAACAGCUUAUUGAGUUCUCCUGGUCAAGGUUAUCUUUAUAAUUUUCAAACGAAGGAGUCCUUCAAUCUUAGUUAUGCGCACGAACCACCGGAAGGUCCUGCAAAAUUUGGAGAUUACCUUGUGACAAAGUGUGGCGUUCUUAUGAUGUCUCUGUUUGUGUUCUUUACAACCACUAUGUCUGUAUCAUUUACUUUGAGAGAAACGCAGACCCGGAUGCUGAAGUUUACAGUGCAGCUUCAACAUCAUGCUCGUCAUCAGCUUCCUACAUUUCAGUUGAUUUUCGUGCAUGUAAUUGAAUCACUUGUCUUUGUGCCGAUUAUGAUUGGCAUAUUGUUUUUCCUGUUCGAGUUUUAUGAUGAUCAAUUGUUGGCUUUCAUGGUCCUAAUUCUUGUCUGGUUGAGUGAACUAUUUACCCUGAUCAGUGUUCGUACGCCCAUAUCAAUGAAGUUCUUUCCCCGCUUCUUUCUACUGUACUUUCUGGUUUUUCACAUCUAUUUCUUUUCCUAUGCUUAUGGAUUUUCCUAUUUGGCUCUUUCUACGGCUGCGGCAUUUAUGCAGCAUCUUAUUCUAUACUUCUGGAACCGUUUCGAGGUACCAACUCUACAAAGGUUUAUUCAAAAUCGAAGAUCACAACUCCAACAGCACCCAGAUUUCCACAUUACUUCCUCCACCUUCCUUGCCUCAACUCUACAUAUCACAAGAUUAAACACAAGAAAUCCUGGUCCAGUUAAUUCUGACUUGGUCUCUGGACCUGAGCUGAGAUCUGGAUCCAAUCCAGCAGUGCCUUCAAAUGGAGCUGAAGCUCCUGGCUUUCAUGAACGAUCGGGCAAUGAGAACCCAGUGCGAAACCCUCUUCAGGUUCCAGGCCAAGCUGACCUGAAUCAAGCAGAGAAUGGCCCAAACCCCGGUGCUAUGAAUUCUUUCAGUUCACUUUUGUUACGGAUAUUAGGGGGAGCGUCCUCCGAAGGCCUCAACUCAUUUCUAUCCAUGUUCAGAGAUGUCCGAGACCAAGGAGAAGCUUAUGCUGAAUCUCCCAGUCAAGACAAUCAGGACGUAAGAUAGUACUCUGACAUUGCUUGUGAGAUUUAGGUCCCUUGCUUUAGUUGUAGAUCUAAAUGUAUGUAUUUUAAGUAGAACAGCAGAAUGCGGUGUCAUUAUAAAGAAAAGUAUGUGAUGGAUAUACAUAAAUGUAUAGAAACUGUAUUAAAUGGAUGUCUCAAAUCCUGUUGAUUGGUAUCAAAUCGACAUAUACAAUUAUACAUGCUCAUUUAGAUGUG